AUGGCUUUGAACAAAAAAGUUACUGUUGUUACUCUGUCUUCAAUCCUCCUUGUAGGUUUGGUUAUUGGAGCGGUGGUCGUAGAUCUUCAGCACAGUAACAAGGAUGCAGAUGAGGCCAAAAAAAAUCAUGUAGCUGAAUCACAGAAAGCUGUGCAAUCAAUUUGCAGGCCUACUCAAUACAAGGACACUUGUGAGCAGACACUCCUCCCUGCCGCGAUGAAUACUACUGACCCCAGAGAUUUGAUUAAGGCCGGGUUUGAUUAUGCGAUGCAACAUAUCCAGGGCUCACUCAAGAAUUCAUCAACAUUACAGGCAGCGGAGAAUGAUCCCAGAACAUCUGGGGCUUAUAAAGUCUGUCAGCAAGUCCUUCAAUCAGCUAUUGAUGAUUUAAAGAGAUCUUUCAAUAAAAUAAAUGAUUUUAGUAUUGAUGUAAAUGAUAUACAAGGAUAUCUUUUUGAUCUCAAAGUAUGGCUCUCUGCUGCCAAUACGGCUCAAGGGACUUGUUUGGAUGCUUUCAGGGAAACAAGCGGAGAUGCAGCAGAAAAAAUGACAAAACUAUUGCAGCUCUCUCGUGAGCUGACCAUCAACGGUUUUAAUAUGGUUGAUGAAUUAAGCCGAGAGUUGGCAGAUCUGCAGGUGACAGGGAAUGCGCGAAAGCUCUUACAAGUUCCAGGGGCAGACCAAUUUCCUGCUUGGGUGAAGGAUCACAACAAAGAACUCCUCAAAGGUGACAAUGCUAAACGCAUGGCUAAUGUUAUUGUAGCUCAAGAUGGUUCUGGGAAAGUUAAGACCAUUAAUGAGGCUAUUAAAUUGAUUCCACAAAACAAUCAGAACAUGUUUAUUAUAUACAUUAAGAGCGGUGAAUAUAGAGAGAUUGUUAGACUUGAUAAGUUCAUGACUAACGUGAUGUUGGUUGGAGAUGGCCCCAAAAAGACUAAGAUCAUCGGUGACAGAUCUCAGAAGAAAGGCUUCCCCACAUUGGAGACUGCAACUGUUGGAGUAAGUGGAUUCAACUUCAUAGCAAAGGGAAUUUCAUUCGAGAACACAGCAGCUGCAGAUGAAGGUCCAGCAGUGGCCCUUCACGUGGCAGCAGAUAAAUCAAUAUUCUACAACUGCCGUAUGGAUGGUUUCCAAGACACUCUUUACACUCAUGAUUACAGACAAUUCUAUCGGGAGUGCACCAUCUCAGGCACUAUUGAUUUCAUCUUCGGAGACUCAGUGGUUGUCUUUCAAAGUUGCAAAAUAGUUGCCAGAAAACCAGCAGCUGGCCAGGACUGUGUGAUUGUAGCCCAAGGCCGAGAAUUUGUUGACGACAUCACAGGAAUCGUAGUACAAAACUGUACUAUUACAGCAGAAGCUGAUGUACUUGCCAGUCCUACGAUCCAAUCAUUCCUGGGCCGCCCCUGGAAAUCCUUCUCCAAAAUGGUGAUCAUCGAUUCAUUCAUUGAAUCUUUUAUCAAUCCAUUGGGAUGGCAAAUUUGGGAAGAGAAAAAUCCAAAUAACAUGACAGCCUACAUUGUGGAGUUUGGAAACAAAGGCCCUGGUGCAAAUGUUUCUAAAAGGGUACAAUGGCCUAGUGUUAAGAACAUUACUUCUGCAGAAGCUAAUACCUAUAGUCCUAAAGUUUUCCUCAAGGGAGAUGAUUGGAUUCCUUCUACCGGUAUCCCCUAUAGUAUGGCCGCCACCACAAGCGCUGCAACCCCCUCCCCCGCCCCUUCCCCAGACGCCAGCAGCUGAAUCACAACUGUCUAAAAUUGCCUUUUGUAUGUAGGAAGAUAUGCAAGCCAUGUCCUAGCAUAUAUUAUUCAUUGUCGAAUUGAUGAUCAAAUGAUGGAAAUGCAAUAUAUGAUUCGCCUUGAUAGCGCAAAUUGUAUAUGAGUCACUGAAGUUCAAUUUUUUCUGCUAAGAAAUUUUGUACUUUUACUAUAUCCCUCUUCAUCCUUUUGAGUUUCAUCAUAAACAGAAACUCUGUUGCAAUUUACAGAUUGAUAUAGUGACCUUUUUGAGUUUGCAGUUCCGC